AUGACAGACCAAAAACAACAACCUACUCUCGAAAUCAUUGAUAUUUCAAAAGACGAUUUGGAAACUGCUGAAGCCUUGGUCAAAGCUGCUUCUACACUUGGCUUUUUCUAUAUCGAAGGAUCAGGGUUUUCACAAAAAGAUGUUGCAGAUGCAUUCAAGCUGUCUGAAGAUUUUUUUGCUGAGCCAGUGGAAUCUAAAAAGUCAGUUAUAAUUGAUGAAGGGAAUCACGGAUACUCAUCAAUGAAUCUCGAAGUCCUUGAUCCUGAAACCCAAAAAAAAGGCGACCCUAAAGAAGCAUUUAAUAUUACACAGGAUAAGGAUGGCGGUUUGACUAUGCCCCUUCCGCCAUAUCUCGAAUCUCAUCGCGAAGAAACCACAGAUCUUUGGCUCAAAUGCCACGCUGUCGGCGUUCGUAUUUUGGAGCUUCUUGCACGCGGCCUCCACAUUGAUGAAGCUUCUGGUGGUGAAACUUGGCUGGCUACACGUCACGACCCCGCAAAGUUGUCUGGCUCUGUGCUGCGUUUCUUGUACUAUCCGGGCCAAAAAUCCCAAGAUCCUGAAACUGAAAUCCGGGCGGGUGCACAUACUGAUUACGGAACCCUUACAUUAUUGUUCCAAACGGCCCCCGGGUUGGAAAUCCUCUCGCCUGUAACUAAAAAAUGGACACCUGUGCCUUACAUCCAAUCUUCAACUCCUGGUGCUGCUGCUCCUUUGGUGGUCAACAUUGCUGAUCUUUUAUCCUUUUGGUCUUCCGGUGUGUUGCGUUCAAGCAUUCACCGUGUCAAGUUCCCCAAAGAGGUUCAAGAAUCUGGUGCAGACAGAUAUUCGAUUGUUUACUUUUUGCACCCGCAAAACUCAGUUCCUCUUGAACCUAUACCCUCGGACAUUGUGCGGGCCGCUGGCACGCACCGUGGAUCUAAUGCACAAAAGGAUGGUUCUUAUAUGACGGCACUUCAACACUUGCAGAAACGACUAGCUGCUACAUAUGGAUGGAAAGGUUAUUAA